GGGAUGGUUGGCUGGACAAAUGGGAGACGCCUUGCCACCCAUCGAUCUGGGCAGCAGUUCCAUGGCUGCUGAAAUUGCCACAGGACCAUACCACGUAUGUGUUCGGCUGACUGAUGGCAAGGCCAAGUGUUGGGGUCGCAAUGAUAUCGGUCAGCUGGGUGUGGCAGACACUAGCGACCGCGGCGACGCGGGUGGGGAGAUGGGUGACAGCUUGCCUACCGUGGAUGUUGGCACUGGCAG